AUGUCAUAUGCAUUCGAAUUGUUGCAAGUCUUAAACAAUGACGCUAUAAGGGAAUUAACAAUUUUCGCGUCAAAGAACGAUUUUGUGCAACUUGGACUAAAAUUUGAAAGUCUUGUGAAAAAGGUCAAUAUAUUUUAUAUUUAUAAAGAAGAGGAUACACUAUUAGGAGUAACAAGAUACAACAAGCGGCUAGUUGAAGACAAAAACUACAUUGAUGUGGCGCGCGAAGACUUAUUUCAUUUUUUGACAAAUGCCAGAUUUGGGGAAGAUAUCGAAAUUUGUAUACGAUACAACCACCACAAUGAGGAAACCGUAGGAAUUGCGAAUUGUGUUUAUGAACAGUUUAAAAAUCAUUCACAAACGACAAAAAAUCCAAUUUAUGCUCGCUCACUCCAUUUACAAUUUGAAAAUGUCUCUCAGCUGCAUUCCAUAUUAACAUCUUUCAAUCCAACCAGUAUAAAAGAAUUGAGAAUCUUCAAUUUUAAACGGGUUAAAAAGAUAUUAGAUUUUGGAAGUAUUGUGGAAAUGGAUCAUUGGAAGAAUGCAAAGAUAAUUAGCCUUUACGGUUUCUUUGUUAACAUACCUUUUGAAAACUUCAGCCACUGCGAAGAUGUAACAUUGAAAGUCAAGCGUAUUUCAGCAGAUGACAUACAAACGCUUGUGAACAUUUGUUCCAUCUCCCCAAGUUCGAGACAUUUUCAUAUUGACUACAGCUGUUUGAACAAACACGUCACAGAACAAUUUUUGGACAAGUUAUAUGGUGAACAGCAAAUAAAUAAGUCUGGGAAACUAGUUCGAUUGAUUGAAAAUAAGAUCGAGUUUGUCCACGAAUCGUUUUGCAAGUCAAUUUAUAUUUAUAAAAUCUCUGAUAAGAACGAUGUGAGUAUGGAGACUUCUAAAGUACUAACCAGUCUGCCAUCAAAAUCAGCGAUGUUAUGUUUAUCCAACCGACUGAUUAUGGAAAAAAUUGUUCGACAUUUUGAUUUUGCUGAAUUGGUAGUGCUUCGUAGAGUUUCUCGUGGAAGUCGUCGUUGUGUUGAUUUCCUUAAGCCAGACCCCAAAUUGGUGGCAAUGAACAUUACGAUGAAAACUGCAUACAUAAUAGUUGACGUGUUUGGCAGAUACAAUAACACAUCAAUUUUAUAUAAAUAUCCUGGUACACGUGUAGCCACUUCCUUUUUGAAAAUUGAUCACAAAGCGGACAUUAACAAUUUGUCAGACGACUUGGUUCAACUUUUGAAGAAUCAAAAGACUGCUUUGAAAGAACUUUGUGCUACUCUAAAGCCAUUGAACGAACGUAAUUAUUAUAAUACUACGAAGAUGGAAGAUUGGCAGUUGAGUGUAGAUCAGUUUAUUGGAAUGUUUCAAGCAACUUUCUCCUCACGUGACAACAUGCUUGCAGUAGAGAAAUUAAAUUUGACAACAACAUGUUUAACAAGAACCACGCAAAUUCUUGAAAACUUGGAUCCUGUUGCAAUAAAAACAAUUGCACUUCGAACAAUGUCUUUUUUGGAAGCCUGUUUGCAAUCAGUAGAUGUCUCUCGUUCCGUCUUACCAUACUCAAAUUCAACCAAAUUAAACAAGUUUUCUGUGCCAGAUGUGCAGUCAAUUAAUGACCUCGCAAGCUUGGAGCAAUGGAGAAAUGCAAAUGAAUUGGAAAUAGAAAAUUGUGUAGUGGAGUGUGAUAUUGAGAAGUUGGUUCAUUUUUCAAAGGUUGACAUAAGGUUAAGAUCAAUUUCAUCGGAAGAUGUCUUAUAUCUGAAAGAGGUUAGUUGA